GAUUCGCUAUUUCCUGGUUUCGUCCGGCAGCCAUUUUGGGGUUACAGAGAGCUGGUCCUGUGGUGACUCUGUUGGUUUUGGGGGGUUCAUCCCGGGUGUGUGGGGGGACUUAGGACUUAUAAUUAUAUAUUUUACUUUACUCUUUGUAGAUAUUUUUGUUAAUUUUUAAUCUGCCCCCUCGCUCUCUGUGACCCGGGUUUUGCUCGCCAAGCGUCGGGUCUCCUGUGUUUUGUGUGUGUGUUUCUGCAGAAGCGGCUGGGAGAUCAGUGACAUGUCCAGUAUGAAUCCCGAGUAUGACUAUUUAUUCAAAUUGCUUCUGAUUGGCGACUCUGGUGUGGGGAAAUCUUGCCUUCUGCUUAGGUUUGCAGAUGACACAUACACGGAAAGUUACAUCAGUACAAUUGGUGUGGAUUUUAAAAUCAGGACUAUAGAAUUAGAUGGAAAGACAAUUAAACUUCAAAUAUGGGACACGGCUGGCCAGGAAAGAUUCCGAACCAUCACAUCCAGUUACUACAGAGGAGCUCACGGCAUCAUAGUUGUUUAUGAUGUUACAGACCAGGAAUCGUUCAACAACGUAAAGCAGUGGCUUCAGGAGAUAGACCGUUAUGCAAGUGAAAAUGUGAACAAGUUGUUGGUAGGAAACAAGUGUGAUCUGACUACAAAGAAAGUAGUGGAUUAUACAACAGCAAAGGAGUUUGCAGACUCUCUUGGGAUCCCGUUUUUGGAGACAAGUGCAAAGAAUGCAACAAACGUAGAGCAGGCCUUCAUGACAAUGGCUGCCGAGAUCAAAAAGCGAAUGGGACCUGGGGCUACAGCUGGCGGUGCAGAGAAGUCCAACGUCAAAAUCCAGAGCACUCCAGUCAAGCAGUCCAGCGGAGGUUGCUGCUAAAGCCCCUAUUCACCCAUUUCCUCACAGCAGUGAAAUCUCAAUCUGAACCUAAGUGACAAAACAAAAUUGCCUGAAUUGUACUGUAUGUAGCCGCACUACAACAGAAUCUUACCGUCUCCCCAAAGGUCAGCGAUUGUAAAUGCUCAAUACUGACUUUUUUUUUUAUGCCCUUGACUCAAGACAGCUAACUUCAUUUUCAGAACUGUUUUAAACCUUCCCUGCUCCCCUCCUGUGUGCCGGUUUCUCAAUAACGUGUGUAACCUCUGUUGCUUUACUAAUACCAGAUUGUCAUCCCCGUGGUUAAGAUACAUAUUCCCGCCCAACGGCACCUCAUUUUUGAUGCUUGGCAUGUUUAGGUGUCAGGUUUAGUCUUCUGAAGAUGAAGUUCAGCCAUUUUGUAUCAAACAGCACAACGAGUGUCUGUCAGUUUCCAUGCAUCAAUAAAGUUUAGUGAGAUGUUCUAUGUAAGAUCUGAUUUUGCUAGUUCUUUCUUGUAGAGUUCCAAAUGGAAAGAUUACACUAUCUGAUUGGCUCUUCUGUUGCCGUAGGAGCCUCCGACACAUUGCUCUGCGAUAAGCUGUCGGCUCCUCUGACGACACAAGUGUGAUUAGUUUCUUCAUACUCUGCAUAUAAUUUGUGGCUGCAGAACAUUGUAAUUUGUUGCACACCAUGUAACAAAUAACUGAAGAAAUGUUUAAUAAAUAUUGUACUUAUUGGAAGUAAUAUCAAACUGUAUGGUGAUAAGUAUUGUCUUAAUUUGUCUAGUAAAGGAGACAUGAAGGUAUCUAGUAUUUCUGCCUCUUCGGCCAAGACGGCGCCCUUAUGUAAUUGAAGUUUGCAUGACGGGUAUGCAAACGGAAAACUAACAAGUGCUUAACUAACCCAAUCAAACGCAACCACUAUAGUGCUUCUCAAUGUCUAAUCAGCAAAAGUUUCAAAUAGUUCAUUGUAAAAGAUAAAUAUAUUAGUUUAAAUGUACAGUGUUUGCCCCCCCCUUUUAAUCCUAAAACGUACCCUUUCUAUUGGUUUUAAUGAUUCUGCAGGUGUAGAGCAGUGCAAGUGUGACGGUGAUGUGAUUUUGCCAUUAAGGUUAUGCUGUUUCAUUCUUUUCAUUAAUCAUGGUUACUUUUACUAUACGGCGUCCGCCCACCACCUUUAUGCCAGUCCUGAGCCUGACGUGGUAUAUGUACAGACCAGUGUGUGAUAAAACAAGUUAUAAAAACAAAAUAGUGAGCUUGCAUAUAAAAAUCACUGUAAUAAAAACAAAAAAAACAAAAGGCGAUUCCUGUAAUUAACGGUGGUUUAAAAGACAGAAAAGCAAACUCCUGUCUGAUGUAUAUAGCGUUUAACCCAUAUGUGGAUGGCGUAUAAUUAUGCUAACUUAUGCUUAUUAUACAGGUUGGAAAUUGGAAACCCAUGUGUUUGUCUAAAUGCAAAUAAAACAUCUUAACACUGAA